AUGGCAACGACAGCUCUGACGGGGUUCUCCAUGAUAAGCCUCCUCAGCCUUGGGUAUCUAACCUGGGAUAUGAUGAGUCCUAACCAGGUGGAAAACCAGCCUGAUCUGUCUUUUGUUGACAGAUCUCCUGUCCCACAGCCUCCUCACAUCAUCUUCAUCAUGACAGACGACCAGGGAUUCAAUGACAUUGGCUACCACAGCUCUGACAUCAAGACUCCGACAUUGGAUAAACUGGCAGCAGAUGGAGUGAAACUGGAGAAUUAUUACAUCCAGCCUAUCUGCACCCCGUCCCGAAGUCAACUCAUCACUGGCAGGUAAAGUACUCGUCCUCAGACUUCUGAAAAUACCUGAGUGCUGAUUAUUAUUAAUAAAAAUAUACUGUAUUUUUGUUUAACACAAAUCUUUACAUCUGCAUGGUCUCAACAUUCAAUAUUUAGAAGAAAAUGACAGAGAAACUUCAGAAACUUUACAAUUCUGUGCUUGAUCAUCCACAACUUUUGACUGAAAGGAAAGGCAGAGUCAAAACUGGACAUUAAAAUCAGGAAAUGUUUGGGAUUUAACGAAUGUAAGUACAACAGAAAGGACAAUAGCAUAAUCUUUGAGUUUAUUUAAACAUAAUUUUAUUCAAGACACACCAACAUGAUUUUCAAUUUAGCUAAAAACCUGCACAAUUAAAAAGUCAGACAAGAAAUUUGUAGUGCUCUCAGAUAUUGUGUUGCAACUCUGAGUUAAUCAGUGGUCUAGAAGGCAGAGGGAGCCAAAUGACGUUUUCCAUUAUCAUGAAAGUCAAAACUGUGUAUUUAAAUAAUGCAAAAAAAUGUUUGUUUCUAAUUUUGGUAUCAAAAAAAUCAUGAUUUAAAUGUUUUAAUUUUAUCACAUUAUACUUUUUUUUCCACAAAAUAUUUACUGAUAUGUAAUCUUUGACAUCUCAGUUGCUAUAUUAAACAUAUUAAAUAUAAUAUUUAUCGUUAUUAUAUUAUAUUUAUAUAAUAUAUUAAACAUCCAAAAGUGUUGUUUCUAUUAUUCUUCACAGUAAAUUGUCAGCAGAUUAACUCUAGUUCAUGUCCUGUGUAUGUCUAGUCCUCUCUGCAAACACAGGACAUGACUUAACAGGAAGUGGCCAGCCAGAAGUGACUUAAAUAAGAGUGACAUCAUUAAAUUGCAAGAAGCCAGUACAAUACUGGUGCAUCAAUUAUGUUUGUCCUUAUGACUAUUUUCCAAAUCCUUACUUCCAUAGGUAUCAAAUCCACACCGGCUUGCAACACUCCAUCAUCAGGCCCCGUCAACCCAACUGCCUGCCAUUCACCCAGGUCACCCUCCCUCAGAGACUGCAGGAGCUGGGCUACUCCACCCACAUGGUCGGAAAGUGGCACCUGGGUUUCUACAAGAAAGAGUGCCUCCCCACCCGCCGCGGCUUUGACACAUACUUUGGUUCCCUAACAGGCAGUGUGAACUACUACACCUACGACUCCUGUGAUGGCCCAGGGCUCUGUGGCUUUGACCUGCAUGAGGGGGAAUCAGUUGCUUGGAGCCAGAGAGGCAAAUACUCCACUCACCUAUAUACGCAGAGGGUCCGCAAGAUCCUGGCAACCCAUGAUCCUCAGUCCCAGCCGCUGUUCAUCUUCCUGUCCUUCCAAGCGGUUCACACGCCCCUGCAGUCUCCUCGAGAGUACAUCUACCCAUACCGCGGGCUGGGCAAUGUGGCACGCAGGAAAUAUGCUGCUAUGGUUUCGGCUGUGGAUGAAGCAGUUCGGAAUAUAACAUACGCCCUCCGCAAAUACGGGUACUACCAGAACAGUGUCAUCAUCUUCUCCACAGACAAUGGGGGUCAGCCUCUGUCUGGUGGAAGUAACUGGCCACUAAGAGGACGCAAGGGCACCUACUGGGAAGGUGGUGUCCGCGGUCUGGGUUUUGUCCAUAGCCCUCUGUUGAGGAAAAAGAGGAGGGUUAGUAAAGCCCUGGUGCACAUCACCGACUGGUACCCAACAUUGGUGGGAUUAGCUGGCGGCAAUGGAUCCCUGACAGAAGGGUUGGAUGGGUAUGAUGUUUGGGAAGCCAUCAGUGAAGAUAAGGAGUCCCCCAGGUUGGAGAUCCUCCACAAUAUUGACCCUCUGUAUAACUAUGCACGCAGUGGCUCACUCCAAAAAGGGUAUGGGAUUUGGAAUACAGCUGUGCAGGCCUCAAUACGAGCCGGAGAUUGGAAACUCCUAACAGGAGACCCCGGUUAUGGAGACUGGACACCUCCACAGAUUCUUCCAGGUUUCCCUGGGAGCUGGUGGAACUUGGAGCGUCACACCAGCCCAGGGAAAUCAGUGUGGCUUUUCAACAUCUCUGGAGACCCUUAUGAACGUUUUGACCAGUCCGAGCAGAGACCAGAUGUUGUCAAAGAGCUGCUAGCUAGGUUGGUGUACUAUAAUCGCACUGCGGUGCCGGUAAGGUACCCCUCAGAGGACCUACGGGCAGACCCCCACUUGAAUGGGGGUGCCUGGGGACCUUGGGUGGGAGAUGAGGAGGAGGAUAGCUGGGACAGUGUGUACCAGAGACAGAAGAAAGAUUGGAAGAAGACGCUUCAAUUCUACAAAAGCAGAUCAUUUUUCAGGAGACUUAACACAAGAAUAAUGUCCAACCGGAUAUAG